AUGGCCCCAGGUCCUCUCUCUGGUCCAGUUGUCUUUUGGUGCUUUUUUUCAAAACAAAGAAUAAUGUUUCGUUGUGGUCGAGGAAGGUGUUUUGCAAACAACUAUAAAGAUUUCUCUGGAACGUUGGGAAAUGUCGAGUAUCUCAAAAAUCUCAUUCCAAAUGUUUUGCAGUUAAUUGAAAAACAAAGCCCUCCUGAACGUUCGAGUUGUGACGGAGGUCUGUAUGUCGGUGGUGCUGGUAUUGGGUACGCUUUUUAUGCUGUAGCUGAGAGCUCUGCACAGUUUCUAGUGGCAAAUACACGGGAGGAUUGUCUCAGAAAGGCCCUCGAGUACAUGAAGGUACGAUUGAUUAAGACAUCAUUUCCACACAAACGCAUAAAACCAAACAAAAACGCUAGCAUAAGAUAAAUUUUGUGGUCAUAGAAAGAUGUGAAAGUUUUUUUUUUUUUAAUAUCCAGCCCCCAGCCCCAUACCAUGAAUAAAAUUUUCAAAGGGUGGGGGGAGAGGGGUGUUAGGGGGCUAGUCAACUCACCUUAUCCUUUGGAAGGGGGUUGGUGGCAAUGUAGACAGAGGUGGUCCAAGAGUCCAAGCUAUUUGGGAGCCGUCAACAUAAGUAUGACUUUGUGUAACAGAGUAUUUUUAAAAGUUUGUUAGGGAAUAACUUUUUCAUAUAAAAAUUAAUUGUACCAUUUCUUCUUCUGUAACUGUGGAAAUUCAAUCAAACUUAUUUGCUUUGGCAGUGGUGUGUAAACUUGAUCUGAUAACCAGUUACUCUUUCUCUUUUUGGCUUGCCCCUCUCUAUAUAUUUUCCUGAAAAUCUUUUGUAUGAAAUAAAGAAAUAUUGAAAAUUUUAACCUUAAAAACAGCCAAAGGGUCUAGGAUUUUGUCCAACUUUAAACGAUUAUUUUUUAAAACAAAUUGGAAGGAGACCAAGCUCAUGCAUUAUCCACUCGCUAGGACAAUUAUUGGAUGAGGUUGAGCAAAAUACCAUGAUUUGUCAGUGGCGAGCAGAUAAAUUAUUAUUACCUCAGCCUUUGGCUUUGGCAAAUACCAUAAAAUUCCGAAAAUAAGCCCCUCCAUGCAUAAGCCCCUCCAAAUAUAAGCCCUCCAAACCAGUAAUCCAAAAGACCCUCCAUGAAUCACCCCUUCAAAUAUAAGCCCCCCAGGGGCUUGUACUUGGAAAAUUACCCUCAAAUACAAAGUAAUACAAAGCAAAAACAGUAAAUUUAAUUCCAACUAUAAGGCUAGCCCAGAAUUUUACGGUAAUUUAUUGAUCUACGAGACACUGACAAAUCACAAUAUUUUGCGAUAACUGAGUUCAAUAAUUGUUCUAUCAUUCAAUCACCAAGUUUGUUUUUUAAUAAAUAUCUUCAGGAAGCAAAGCAAUCUGCCAUUUUUCACACAAGAGCAACCAGAAGAAGGAGAAAAGUGUGGUUUUGUUUACACAUGAGCAGAAUAUUAUUAAUUGCAGCCAAGCACAGUUAGAUGACAUAUUGCACAUGAGCAGACCAUAAUUUGUAGGCAGUUAUUUGCAGGUCUCAUAGUUGGCUUUCGGCCUACGAAAAGUGAAGAACAAUUUGCAUACAAUGAUGAUGUUGAAUAGCUGUCCGAUGGCGAACCAAUCAGAUUGCUUUAAAGACCAAGAUCACUGAGUGUGUAUAUUAAUUUUCAAGGCUGUGCUCUAAGGAAAAUUGAGGGGUACUCUGAACCUGUAAUCUAGGGUGCCCAGCAUAUGAUUUGUAUGAAAAAUCUGAGAUUUUCUAGUCACCCAGGAGCAAAAGUUGGGCACCAGGGGCCACCAGGCCCUUCUAGAGCACAGCCCUGAUUUUGAUUUAAUACUAAUUUUAUUGGAAUCAACAAUUUCAUAUUUUGUAGGUAAGCCUUCAAGACGUAUCCAAAAUUAGUCCUCAAGAAGAUGGGAUUGGGGCAUCUUUCCUUCUGGGACACGCAGGGCUGUAUGCUGUGUCAGCACUUGUCUUUAAUGCCUUAGGUUUGUGUGUGUUUUGUUGUUGUUGUUCUUUCGGAGAGUGAACCAUCCAGAGGGUAUAGUGAUUGAAGUAUAAACAGACCUUUUCUUCAAAAGUUGUGAUUGUGAAAUUUGUUAUCAUUAUCAUUAUCAUUACUACUACUACUGGAAUUGAGAAGGUGGCAUGAAAUUAAUUUUAACGUUUUUUUUUUUAAAUAACUUAUAGACCACCAACAAGAGGCAGACUAUUGCAUUCAGAAAUUUUUAGAGAUGGGCAACAUCUGCCGUCCUAUAAACUUCUUCCCGCCUGGUUCUGACGAACUGUUUGUUGGAAGAGCUGGCUACUUGUGUGGCUCACUUAUCUUAAAUAAAAAGCUUGGGAGGACUGUGAUAUCUUCAGAGGUGACUAGGCCCUUAUUUGAUGCUAUUAUAGUGUCGGGUCAGCAAUACUCACAGAGACGCCGAUCAAAGAGUCCACUUAUGUAUUCCUACUAUAGAACGGAGUACUUAGGUAAGUGUCGAGUGCAGUGAGGUUUGUAUUUGCUUGACUUUUGAUAAUUUUCUCCUCUUUUCCUCCUUUUGUGGUUGCCUGUCAUACAAACUAUAUUUGCAGUACAGCCCAUGUACAUUGUAAGCAGUUUGAAAAGUGUGGUAGGCAAAAUGUUUCGAAGGAUUCCUAUAACUUUAGAUUUUUAUAAAUAAAUUGGGAAUCAGCCUAGGAUAAAAAAAAUAAUAAUGAACUGAAAUCGAAUUUUACCUAUAACAGUCAAUUUUCAGACGGUGGGCCUGUCUGCUUGCCGAUAUCGUCGCUGCAGUCAAACGGAGAGCAAGUGGACCAGCCUGCCUUCUCAUAUGAACACAAUUUUUUUUUUUUGAGGAAAUAUGGCAUGAGCUGAGCCAGCCCAGCUAACCAGGCUGAAUUAUGAACAGGCUACGAGAGUUUUAGACUUAUCAGUGGCCAGUCUAAAUUAAGAACAAUUUUAACUCCACGGACUACCCAUAGUGAUAUGUCAUACCUGUCAGCCACGCACCUUUUUUUAAUUACAAUUAUUAGUUCUGGAGGCGCUUUUCUUAAAAACAAGAAGAAGACGAAAAAAAAGGACGAAUUUCCUGACCUUUGCGUUUAGAAUAAACAAACUUGGAGAAAUACACUUGGAGAAAUACACAUACGACUCGGGAAGAUCUUUCCUCAUAGAUCAGCGAUGGAGGUACGGUGGAACCCGGUUAAUACGGACACAAAGUGGACAUGCUAGUGAAAACACAGAAAAGUUUCCGUUCUCCGUAUUCAUUAAUCGGUGACCGUAGUAAAUGAGUUAUUUUUAGAGAAAAUGUAGGAGCUUCUCGUAACGAAACUGCCCGUUAUAUGGGUCUCCGUAUUGCGCCGGGGGGUUCCACUGUACUGAUAAACUAAAAUGAACUGAUUGCAGGUGCUGGACAUGGGCUUUCUUCAAUACUUCAGAUGCUUCUCAACUUUCCAGAACAUAUCGCCAACAGAUCAGAUGUUGAAGCACUCAUUCACCAGUCUGUUGACUUUGUCCUCUCGUGCGAGAUGCCAAAUGGAAAUUAUCCCCCGGUCCCUGGGGAGUUUCGUCCCCAGGAGGAUGAGUUACUGCAUUGGUGUCAUGGUUCCCCGGGUGUGGUCUAUCUUUUGGCCAAAGCUUAUCUCACGUGGAAAGAUAACAAGUACUUACAAGCUGCUAAAAGAUGCGCUGAGCUGACGUGGCAGAGAGGACUAUUACGCAAAGGGCCUGGGAUAUGCCAUGGGGUAGCUGGUAAGGUUUUUGAGCUUCUAGUGACAUGCCUGCCUCUAAGUUGUCUUGAGAAACCGAAAACGUACCUCGGUAUUAAAAAAACGGCUUCAACGCCAUCGCUCUCGCUGUGCUUCAGUCCAUUAACCGUGUAGGGAUGAAAAUGAUCAAUAGAUUGCGGAGCGCUGCGCGCGAAGUCCUAUCUCUUAGACAAAGUAGUGAACCUGUCGAGUUCAACAACUGUGUUGCAUACAGACGAUCACAGUACCCCCAAACUAAGUGCAACUGAUUGGUGACACACACAGGAAUGAUAAAGUGGCGGAUUUUUGACAUUUUUAACCUACCGUAAUCGAUGCUCUGUAUGCUAUACUAGGGAUCUUAAGCAAAGACGACGAUGACGACGACAACGAAAACGGUAAAAGGCAAAAGGUUUAGAUAAGUAAAACAACAACCCUAGCUGCACGUGCAUCAGGCUUUUUUUUUUUUUGUACAUUUCUGUGCUGAAAUUGCACGACUGCGACGUGAAAGUGCCUAAUUUCACGUUUUGUGAGGACAUGAACUCAAGUCGAAUAGAACGAUUUUCUAAUUUUUUUUUUUUUAACUUAGAUACAGUCCUCUAGAAUUCAAUUCCAAAAAAAUUAACAAAUGAAAAAAUUGAACGACAUGGAAUGAGAGCGAUGAAUUAUAAAACAGCGUGAGUCUAAUUUUUAAGAGACGAUUUAGCCUGCGUGGCUUGGAAGUAGUGGGCACAAGAAAAAACUGGCAUGCGAGAAGGAGACACGCGUGUCUCCCUCGCUCGCGCCCGUUCUCUCUUUUGCUCACUACUUCCAAGCGCCUGCUGCGCAGGCUAGAGACGAUUACGUCACCGUCGUCGUCGUCGUUGCUUAAGCUCUCUGAUGCCUCUCCAGUAGGCCCCGCGUCGACGCCCUAAUUUGACAAGUACUCUCUUGUUUGUUUAUAGGUAGUGGCUACGUCUUCCUAUUGCUUUAUCGACUCACCAAAGAAGACCAAUAUCUUUAUCGCGCCCAGAAGUUCUGCGAUUUCAUGCAGACAGAUGAGUUCCAAAAAGGAGCCCGAACACCAGACUCUCCAUAUAGUUUAUAUGAGGGACUUGCUGGCACUGUGUGUUUCUAUGCUGACCUUCUGAAUCCUUCAACAGCUGCCUUCCCUUUCUUUGAUGUUUUCUCGUAA